AUGGCUGCUGCUGCUGGCAGAGUUCCUUGCUCCAUUACCUGGUUCCUUUCUACUACUCCCUGUGGGAACUGCUCCAGAAGGAUUCUGGAGUUCCUGAGGUUACAUCCCAAUGUGACCUUGGAAAUAUAUGCCGCCAAACUCUUCAGGCACACGGAUAUCCGUAAUCGGAAAGGUCUCUACAACCUGGCAAUGAAUGGAGUCAUUAUACGUAUCAUGAAUCUUGCAGAUUACAGUUACUGCUGGAGAAAUUUUGUUGCAUACCCACGAGGACAAGAUGACUAUUGGCCCCAGCACUUUGCUGCACACAUCUUUCUGAAUGCAAGAGAGCUUUGUCACAUCCUUUUGGGGCUUCCUCCAUUGCUGGCAGACUGA